AUGUCUCUGUCUAAGAAAUUGACUUUGGACAAACUGGACGUCAAAGGCAAGCGCGUCAUCAUGAGAGUGGACUUCAACGUUCCCAUGAAGAAGAACCACAUCACCAACAACCAGAGAAUCAAGGCGGUCAUCCCCAGCAUCAAGUACUGCCUGGACAAUGAAGCCAAGUCGGUGGUGCUGAUGAGCCACCUGGGCCGGCCCGAUGGCGUCCCCAUGCCCGACAAGUACUCCCUGGAGCCCGUGGCUGCCGAGCUGAAAUCCUUGCUGGGCAGGGACGUGAUGUUCCUCAAGGACUGUGUGGGCGCAGAAGUGGAGAAAGCCUGCGCCGACCCCGCCCCCGGGUCGGUCAUCCUGCUGGAGAACCUGCGCUUUCACCUGGAGGAGGAAGGCAAGGGCCAAGAUCCCUCUGGGAAUAAGCUCAAGGCCGAGCCCGACAAGAUCCAAGCCUUCCGAGAGUCCCUGUCCAAGCUAGGGGACGUGUACGUCAACGAUGCUUUCUGCACUACGCACAGGGCUCACAGCUCCGUGGUGGGAGUCAAUCUGCCCCACAAGGCAUCCGGAUUCCUCAUGAAGAAGGAGCUGGAGUACUUUGCCAGAGCCUUGGAAAACCCAGAGAGACCCUUUCUGGCUAUACUUGGGGGCGCCAAAAUGGCAGACAAGAUCCGGCUCAUCAAAAACAUGCUGGACAAGGUCAAUCAGAUGAUUAUUGGCGGCGGGAUGGCCUUUACCUUCCUGAAGGUACUCAACAACAUGGAGAUCGGUGCCUCCCUCUUUGACGAAGAGGGAGCCAAGAUUGUCAAGGAGAUCAUGGCCAAAGCAGAGAAGAAUGGUGUCAAGAUGACCUUUCCCGUGGACUUCAUCACGGCUGACAAGUUCGAUGAGAACGCCAACACUGGCACUGCCACCGUAGAAUCUGGCAUCCCCGCCGGUUGGAUGGGUAUGGACUGUGGCCCUGAGAGCAAUAAAACGAACGCUCAAGUCGUGUCCGAGGCCAAGCUCAUCUUUUGGAAUGGCCCUUUAGGAGUCUUUGAAUGGGAAGCCUUUGCCAAGGGAACCAAGGCCCUGAUGGAUGAAGUCGUGAAAGCCACGUCCAGGGGCUGCAUCACCAUUAUAGGGGGCGGGGACACUGCCACGUGCUGUGCCAAAUGGGACACUGAAGAUAAAGUCAGCCAUGUGAGCACAGGAGGGGGUGCCAGCCUGGAGCUGCUGGAAGGUAAAGCCCUCCCAGGAGUAGAGGCCCUCAGCAACCUGUAG